GAUGAAUCAAAUUUUCAUCUUCUUGUUUCUUACAAUCUUCAAUAGUUUAAACUAUGUAUCUGCUCAGCCACCUGCUCCUCCGUUCAGAAACGGCGACCUAGUCACAAACUUCGAGCCAAGUUUAGCCGUCGUCACCGGCGUUCUCGCAAUCAUGUUCUCACUAACUUUCGUCCUCCUCCUCUACGCUAAGUGCUGCCACAUCGAUCUCCGGUCAGGAACCGGCGACGGAAGACGUCAAGAUCGACGAAUAUUCUUUAACCGGUCAAGCAACUCCUCGGACCGGUUCUCCGGUUUAGACAAAACCGCUAUAGAGUCACUUCCUCUGUUUAAGUUCUCUGCUUUGAAAGGAUCAAAGCAAGGGCUUGAGUGUUCCGUCUGUCUAUCUAAAUUCGAAAGCGUCGAGAUUCUUAGAUUGUUGCCUAAAUGUCGUCACGCUUUCCACGUGGGAUGCAUAGAUACGUGGCUUGAGCAGCACGCAACGUGUCCUCUCUGCAGAGCUAGAGUCUCAGUGGAAGAAGGAUCCUCUGUUUAUGGAAACAGCUUCAGGUUUUUGAAUCAGUCUGAGGUAAGAGAAGAUUCGAGCUUGGAGCUUUACAUCGAGAGAGAGGAAGAAGAGGAGAGGAGACAGAGAGAGGAAGUUGGUGGGUCGUCUAGGUUUAGCAUCGGAGGGAGUUUCAGGAAGAUUUUGAAAUUAGGUCAAAAAGAGAAACCGUUGCUUGAUCAGCACGGUGAAGAUAAAGACGAGAAGAAGCUGAUGCAUAAGUUCAAUCAUAGGAUCCUUGUGUCGGACGUUGUGUUCAAGAAUCGUUGGAGUAACGUGAGUUCGUCUGAUUUGAUGUUUUUGAACUCGGAGAUGGUUAGUUCGGUUUCCAGCGAGAGAUUCUCGUCGAUGGAUAGAGUGAAAAGUGGUAACUUGCGGAACAAGGAAGAGAAGGGAAUGUUGGAGAACAGAGACUUUGGUUCGAAGUCAAGAAGCGUUAUGAUCGAACCAGGAAGAAGAUCGGUUUCUGACAUCACUGCGGUUCCUAGGGUAAGUAUCACGGUCCAUGGAGAAUGUAGCGGUUCAAACGCGGCGACUGCGUCUGUGUUAGAAAACGGUGGAAACGAGACGGAAGAGAGAAGACGGCGUUUGUGGCUGCCUAUCGCUAGAAGAACCGCUCAAUGGUUUGCUAACAGAGAAAAAAGAAAUCAAAUUAAUACAACACACCAACACUUCGAUGUUUAGUUUCUUUGCAAUUUUUUAUAUAUUUUUUUUUUACAAAUAUUUAGUUUUGAUAUAUGUUCUUAACAAAACAAAAGACUACACUUGUUAGUUAGAUCAAAAGAAGAUUGUUUGUGUAAAUAAGAUGGAUUAAUAAAUUGAAUUA